CUCCAUCCGACAGUGAAGCUUUCUUCUCCGUCCUAGGUUGUUCGCUCUGAGACGAAAGUGCUUCAUCUCUAAACCCUGUCUAAACCUUCAGCUCCCAUUCGCUGAUUUUCAAUCUGCUCUCUUUCUUCUGCAACACUAGAGGAGCAAGCGCGGACUCAGAAAACUGUGUCCUAAAGGCCUCCUCAAGUCCUGGACAAAGAUGAGACCUUUAGAUGAGACUGAGACCACAGCAGUUUUCGAAAAGCUUUUCAAGUUCACAGGCAACAACCUCAAAAACAUCAUCGAGAACCCUUCGCACGAAGGUCCAGACCCAGAUUCAGGCCGUUACUGCUUCCGCCUCCACAAAAACAAGGUCUACUAUGUUAGCGAAUCACUAGUAAAGCGUGCUACAAAUAUAUCUCGGACUCAGUUAGUGUCUCUCGGGACUUGUAUUGGUAGGUUCACUCACGGUGGCAGUUUCCACUUAACUGUUCAGUGUUUGAGUUCAUUAGCCUCAAAUGCUAAACACAAGGUCUGGCUCAAACCUACCUCCGAGAUGUCCUUCUUAUACGGAAACCAUGUUUUGAAAGGUGGUUUGGGGAGGAUUACAGAAAAUAUUGUGCCCGGUGAUGGGGUGGUUGUGUUUUCAAUGUCAGAUGUCCCGUUGGGUUUUGGGAUUGCGGCCAAGUCUACCCAGGAUUGUAGGAAGUUGGACCCCAAUGGAAUUGUGGUACUUCACCAGACAGAUAUUGGAGAGUACUUGAGGAUGGAGGAUGAGCUUUGAAUAACUAGAGGACAUUGGACGAGAUUCAGGUGGUUUUGACAGAUGUAGUGUCUUAUUGGGUAUGUCGGUUAUGAAGUCCAUCUGUCAGCUUUUGAUCACUAUGAGCUUAAGUCUUUUGGGAUGUGGACGGCUUUCUCGAAUAUUAUUUCCAUUGGUGCUUGGGACUUUCUGCUAUCAACUCUUUGAUUAUGAGGAACUUCUUCCAUCUGGUGUUUAGAUGGUUUUGUUUACUUUACUUGUCGCAGUACGUGUGACGAUUUUGGUUGUCUCAAGAGUACAUAUCAUUUUGGUGUUGAUUCUUGUUUAUGUUCUAAAUGUCAUUAGCAUAAAUGUAACUGAACCAAAUGGUUGUUAGCCGCGUACAUGGUGUGGAAAUAGAUGUUAACCUCACACUUGUAGAAGGAUGUUAGCCGCGUACGUGUUUAUAUAGCUUGGCUUGAAUGGGUAGCCAGCCAUAAGCUUUGUUGGUGACCAAAGGCCCUUGUUAUGUGGUGAUUAGAUUUAUAUUAGGUCACUUUGAGAAAAUGUUGAGAAUUCAUAUGUGCUUUUAAGUUGAUCAAUUGUU